GGCGGCGCGCUCCCGACAGCCCAGGCCGCUGUGCGCGCUCCCGACAGCCCAGCCCGCUGUGCGCGCUCCCGACAGCGCCGGCGGCGACGCGCCUGGCGAGGACAGCUCGGGCAGGUUGUGGCGUGGAGGAAAGGAUUUUGGCAGUCAAUCCAGUCUCAGAAAGAUUUGCUGAGGGCAGACUGUAUUUGGAAUCUGCACUGAGAAUAAGAGGCUCCAAGAAGAGGUGAUCAGUGGAUUCAGGCAUCUAUCCGGUCGAUCGACAAUAAUGAAGAUACCGAGUAGAAUUUUCUCAGUUCCACGAUUUCUGAAGAUUUUGCAGUCCCUUCACUUACCAACAAGACCUGCAGGUGGAAAUGUGAAGCAAGUCAGGAGUAAGUCCUCAGAUCCAGUAGCUCAUGCAAGGCACACUGACGCAGUUGAACUCUUGGGGAAAUUCUACCCUUGUGAUGACCACACGAAUGUUACACCAAAGAUUUUGUCCAAAGUGGGGAAAAGCCUACAGAACCAAAGGAACCACCCUUUGUGGCUGCUGAAAGAACGCAUUAAGGAUCAUUUCUAUACAUGUUACCUGAGUCGCCACAGGAACCCGCUCUUCUCCAUGUACGACAAUCUCUCCCCCGUGGUCACCACCGAGCAGAACUUUGACAGUUUGCUUAUACCGCCAGAUCAUGCAAGUAGGAGGAAAGGCGAUAACUUUUACCUGAAUCAAAGUCACAUGCUCAGGGCUCAUACCUCUGCUCACCAACGAGAUCUUAUUCGUGCAGGUCUCAAUGCCUUCCUGGUAUUUGGAGAUGUCUAUCGACGAGAUGAAAUUGACAAAAGCCACUAUCCGGUCUUCCACCAGUUGGAAGGAGUCAGACUGUUUACCAAGCAUGAGAGCUUCAUCUCUUUGCUGUUCGCUAAUGUGCAACAUGGAGAAGAGCUUCAUCUCUUUGAGAAGGGGUACCGCACAUCCUGCAAGCAAGAGAGCCACACGUUAGAAGCCGUCAAACUACUUGAGUUUGAUUUGAAACAGACCCUGAACAAAGUCGUGACACAUCUCUUUGGAAAAGGACUGGACACUCGGUGGGUGGAGUGCUACUUCCCAUUUACGCACCCUUCCUUCGAAAUGGAGAUCAAGUUCCAGGGAGAAUGGCUGGAAGUCCUGGGCUGCGGUAUCAUGGAGCAGCAACUUGUAAACUCAGCUGGUGCCCAGGACCGGGUGGGAUAUGCCUUUGGCCUGGGCCUUGAACGACUGGCGAUGAUUCUGUACGGAAUACCAGACAUCCGCUUGUUCUGGAGUGAGGACGAACGAUUCUACAGACAGUUCCAGGUUACUCACAUUGACCAGAAAGUCACAUUUCAGCCAUUCAGCAAAUACCCGCCUUUGGUAAACGACAUCUCUUUUUGGAUUCCACAUGAAGGAUAUGAGGAAAAUGACUUCUAUGAUUUGGUGCGUAAUAUCGGGGGCGACCUCGUGGAGAAGGUCACGCUCAUCGACCGCUUCUCACAUCCCACGACGGGAAAGAUGAGCCACUGCUACAGGAUCACCUACCGUCACACAGAACGAACACUGACCCAGGAGGAGGUGAACACCAUUCAUCGCAAUAUUGAACGAAGUGCCGUGGAGAAGUUGGGAGUAGAGGGCAGAUUCUAAAUCACGAAAAUGGUGCAAUGUUUCUACAUUUGCCUGUCAGCCCUUCUGUUCUACGGGAAAAAAGUGAUGAAUUAUAAAGAAUAUUGUAAUUAUGGCCAAACUCGAUUUCAAUAAAGCUGAAUAUUUUGAGUGGA